CACUUUUACAGUUUAUGUUUGUCCCCUUUCAGUGAUAGUACACUUAGAACAAUCCUCAUAGACUUGCAUACCAGUCUUUGUGGGGCUUGGACCAAAUGGAUUGAUUCAAAACACUUCUUUUUAUUAAUAAUAAUAUUAACAUAUUUAUGCAGGAUGACCAAUUCAGUUAUAAAAAAACUGCUAUCAACAUGGGUCCUGCGGGGGGGGAAGCCACAUACACAAUCUAAGAACCUAUAUAUGAAAAGAGAUAGGAAUACUAGAACUAGAUUCCUAGAUGAUCAUUGUCGGCCCCUUUAUAAAAAAAAAUGCUCUUUUGGUUGAUUCUAAUUUAACCCUGUCAAUAAUAAUGUUACGGAGAAUUCCCGCACGCGCUAGUCAAGUAAUCUUGGACAGUAUACUUUCACUUGAUUAGGGCUUUAUUUUCGACAUUUCAACAUUACACGUUCCGUUCUACGAUCAACCCUAUCUAUUCUAUUAUGACUUAAGGUCACAAAAAUCGCUACAUUUAUUAGCUAAGGAAAUCUACAACCAGAUACGUAAUCCCGUGUGGGGAUCAAGGCUUACUCGCGUCCUACAACGAUUCGUGGGCAUUAAGUUCCUUAUCCUCUCAAAAUACCUGAUAAGAUACAUCAUUGUUUUGAUUAUUCUAUGCCGCAACGCUUUCUGUUACAUUCUACUUUAACGGUAACGAAAUCACAAUUUACUGGAAAACAAUAAUAUAAUAAACGAGGAAGUUAAUAUUUUAAGCGUGUAAAUGCUUCACGACAGAUAGAUGUUUGGUUUAUUAAGACCUCUUGCAGUAUAAAUAAAUGAAUUACAGGUCCGGCCAUCAAAGAAUAAUAAAACAUUUACACAAGUAUACAUGUAAGAAAAAAUUUUAUUGCUUUAGCAACUAACAAGCAUCUACCACAAAACUAGUCACGUGCAAUGCACAUAGCGUAUUUGUAUAAGAUCAAGUUCUUAAACCUGACCGUUGAAGUGCCGCGGAUAUUUGAAUUUCUAGGUCUUAGUGCGUAGUUACAUUGAAUAUCUACUCAGGCGCGACUUGUACAACUUACGACUAUAACUUAUGACUUUACAGAGAAGAAAUCAUAACCAAGCUUAUUGCCCUUCGACCAUGAGGCUCAAGACAUCCAUCUUAUCACUGGUAGAUUAAAUCAGUCUAAGCAUACGCUUAACUUAAAAGGUUACAUAGACAAAUCGAUAUACUUUUCAGGGCUCUCUUUAAACUAGCUAGUAGUAGGCCUAUGACGGGUUCUGGCUCAUUUUUCCUGAAUUUACGUCAAAUUAUCAUGAAUAUACGUUAAUUUAACACUUUCAUGACCCGUUUUAUGCUCUCUCGUUAAAAUAUCGUGAAUUCACUAUAAUUUAUCACUUUCGGGAGAUUCUUUAAGUAUGUUUAUGGCGUUCACGUUAAAAUAUAGUGAAUUCACGAUAUUUUAGCACUUUCCACCAUCUCGAUUUGCCAAAUCACGUCAAAUAAUCGUGAAUUCACUAUAUUUUUGCACUUUUCCCAUCAUCUAUUUGUGGUAUUCACGUUAAAUCAUCGUGAAUGCACGAUAAAACGACGGCGUGCCAUUUGCCUUUAAGUGUGUUGUGUGACGGCUUUGUGGUGUCUGCGGUUUUAUGCAAAUUUUUAUCAAACAGUCUAGACUUAGACUUAGAAUUUUUACGAAAAAAAAUACAUCACAAAACAAAACAAAACUGACGGCCGCCAGAACCUCCCGAAGGAACUUAGUUUUUUACUUUGUGCAAUGUUCCUCCGGGAGGUUUUUGCUUUUGUUAUAAAAGAUGUCUCACUUUUUUUUUAUUUUAACUCUGAGCGCCCAUCGUUUGAACUCUUUAUUUUUACUAGGUUAGCGUCCUAGGCUUAACUCUGAGCGCCCAUCGUUUGAACUCUUUAUUUUUACUAGGUUAGCGUCNUAAGCGUCUGCCGACGGGAGGGUUUAAAUGGGUAGAUGAGAAAGACUUUGAAAAAUGGAAGAAAUUCCCCUGCAUUCUCGAAGUCGACCUGAAAGGCGUCAAAGAAGAGCUUCACGAUCACUUCAACGAGUAUGCACCCGCUCCUGAAAAUCUGUUGAUUGGGAAAGUGCAUAAGCUGACCUGCACGUUAAACGAAAAGAAAAAGUACAUCAUUCAUCACAAAGCGUUGAAGAAAUACAUGAGCCUUGGAAUCGAGAUCGGAAAGAUUCAUAGAAUUAUCAGGUUCGAAGAGAGUCCUUGGAUGAGGAAGUACAUCAAUAAAAACACAAAAUUGAGAGCAAAAGCAAAGAAUGACUUUGAAAAAGACUUCUACAAGCUGAUGAACAACGCUGUCUUUGGUAAAACCAUGGAAAACAUUCGAAAACGCGUUGACGUGAGACUUGUCACCAGAGAAGAGAAGGCAAAGAAGUUGACAAACAAGGUCAACUUCAAACAUUGUACCAUCUUCUCUGAAGAUCUCAGCGCAAUACACAUGGGGAAGACACAAAUUCUUUUCAAUAAGCCUCUCUAUCUCGGGAUGAGCAUCCUCGAUAUUAGUAAGACAUUGAUGUACGACUUUCACUACAACUACAUCAAACCUAAGUACCCAGAGGGUAAAUCAAAGCUUCUUUUCACAGACACUGAUAGUCUUUGUUAUGAGAUUCAGACUGAAGAUUUCUACAAAGAUAUAAGUGAUGAUGUAGACCGUUUGUUUGACACGAGCAACAUUAAAAAGGGGCAUCCUUCUGGGAUACCGACCGGUGUGAACAAGAAGGUGAUUGGAAUGUUUAAGGAUGAAAAAGGUGGAAGGAUCAUUGAAGAGUUUGUCGGUCUAAGGGCCAAGCUGUACAGCUACAAAAUGUUUGGUGAUGAAGAAGAAGUGAAGAAGUGUAAGGGAAUGAAGGGAGGAGUGGUAGAUCGUACCAUCAACUUCGAUGACUACAAGAGAUGUUUAUUUGGUGGUGGAAAACAACUACGAAAGAUGAACACGCUUCGGAGCCGAAAGCAUGAGAUGUAUAUGGAAGAGAUCAAUAAGGUUGCACUAUCCGCUGAUGAUGACAAGCGAAUCAUUUUACCGGACAAAAUACACACACAUGCGAUAGGGCACCACAAAGCCGUCACACAACACACUUAAAGGCAAAUGGCACGCCGUCGUUUUAUCGUGCAUUCACGAUGAUUUAACGUGAAUACCACAAAUAGAUGAUGGGAAAAGUGCAAAAAUAUAGUGAAUUCACGAUUAUUUGACGUGAUUUGGCAAAUCGAGAUGGUGGAAAGUGCUAAAAUAUCGUGAAUUCACUAUAUUUUAACGUGAACGCCAUAAACAUACUUAAAGAAUCUCCCGAAAGUGAUAAAUUAUAGUGAAUUCACGAUAUUUUAACGGGAGAGCAUAAAACGGGUCAUGAAAGUGUUAAAUUAACGUAUAUUCAUGAUAAUUUGACGUAAAUUCAGGAAAAAUGAUCCAGAACCCGUCAUAGGCCUACUACUCUAGCUAUGCUAAAUGUGAUGUCCCUGUUUAAAUAUUGAUUAAAUAAAUAGACCGAGGUUUUCCUUUUGGCCCUUGGUAGUUCUUCACAACAUAAGAAUUUCGGUGUCCUGCGUUAAAGUGAGAGUUUAUAUUGAUUAAUUAAAAACAGUUUGUUUCCA